AAAGUCUGAAUGGUUGGACUGUCUUUAUUGAGUCACACACUAGCGAUCAUUGUUUGUCUUGAAAAGUAUAAUACGAGGGCUCUAGAUGAAAAUAGAGGCAUCGAAGAAUGAAAAUCUGAAUGGCUAGACUAACUUUAUCGAGAAAUCAUUAUCUGACUUGAAAAGUAAAAGCAGUACGAGAGUAUUGGCAAUAGAUAGCAUUAAAGAACGAAAGUCCGAAUAAUUGGACUAAUUGAUUAGGCGAAAGACAAAUCUAAAGGGCUAGAGCGGAGCGGCCGACUCAUAGAACUCCAAAAGUCAUAUGGACUGGUGACCCGAUAUGAGUACUAUAUAUAGUGCUUCUACACCCAUUAAACUACCGUUAAGUCCUUAACCAAUCCCAAAAAAUUCUCUCUGUAUUCCCAAGUUUCCUACCAAGUAAAACCCUUUUCUUAGAAAUUGUGAAUAAAUCGCCAAGAAAAACCACCCGCCAAACCUAAAUCCCCAUUUUCCACUCCCAAAAACAUCGAUUGCCGAGAAAUCUGUAUUGCUAAACCACACCAAUUAACAAUCAAUUUUCUGGUCUCACCAGCAAUCUAAUCGUCGAUUGAUUGACUUUGAAGUAAAUCCAUGUUGCUUGGACGAACCAAAUCAAGGGUUCGGUUCCACGACGCGCCGCCCAAAUUCGCCUGCUCCUCCUUCAAAGACAUCCACAUUCUCCUCUCCGACGACGACGAUACCCUCGCUACCCCUAGAAGGCUCUCCAUCUGCCACCGCACCCGCAGCAGCGUCAAGUCCCUCAUCCGCAGCCUCUCUCACCUCCCAUCAUUCCUCGAGAACGCCGCCGCGGCUGCGGUCGCGGCGGAGGAGGAGGAAGAGCUCCGCCCCGAAAUCCGAAUCCCCGGCGCGGAGGCGACGAUAGUGAUCUACUUCACGAGUCUGCGUGUGGUUCGAUCCACAUUCGAGGACUGCAAGGCCGUCCGAACGAUCCUGCGCGCAUUCCGCGUCCCGAUCGACGAGCGCGAUCUGUCGAUGGACGGCCGCUUCACGGAGGAGCUUCUGGAAAUCUUAGGCAUCACGGAGAAGUCGAAGCUGAUGCUGCCGAGGGUCUUCAUCGGCGGCAGAUACAUCGGCGGGGCCGAGGAGGUCCGCUGCCUCCACGAGACCGGCGAGCUGAAGAAGUACAUGGAGAGGCUGCCGCGCGCCGCUCUCGGCACGUGCGACACGUGCGGCGGAUACGGAUUCAUCCUCUGCAUAGACUGCGACGGCAGUCGGAAAUGCUACAACGAGAAAGCCGGCUUCAGGUGUUGUACAUUGUGCAAUGAGAAUGGCCUCAUUAGGUGCCCUUCUUGUUCCUCUGCGCCCCUCUGAAAUGCUUUUUGCUGAUAUGUUUGUUUGGAUUUUUAGUCUUAGUUUUCUAUAUAUAAAUCCUUGAUCAAUAUGUGAAACAUUAAGCACUCGAGCUUUAGCUUUUAAUAGGUUAGUGCUUUUAUGUGAGCUGGGGCUUGAGUGACUUUUGCUGUAGCUGAUUUUGGGUUGAUUUUAGUGUAGUUUUCUUUGACAAAAGGAGGAAAGAGUAUUUUAUUGCUUCCUUUGACACCAUCCUGUUCCCAUUGUGGAUGAAUGUUGCGAAAAUGGUCUUUUUUUGUGGUCAAGAAUUUGAUAACUAAACCAUUAGAUAGUUUGUUCC